CAGCUAUCAGCUGUUCAUGUCAUAACAAAAAUCAAUCCCAACCUCAAAUAAUUUCUCUUGCUAAAAUAAGGUUUAAAUUAUAGUUCUCUAAUAAAAUUUAAUAAAUAAAAUUAUGGCUAACAAGCCUACUCGCGACGUUCUUGGGAUUAUAUUCAAAAACUUUUGGAAGUCCCUGAGACCACGUCAGUUCCGCGGAAACUACAUUGGCGAGGACUAUUUUGGCAAUAAAUACUAUGAGAUUCCGGCAAACCCAUCGAUCGGAAAGCGCAAACCGUCCCGCUGGUUCGAACCUUCAGAGAAGGAAGCUUUUGAUCAGGAACUGACCGCUGAGUGGGAGGCGUGGUUGCGAGGACGUCGGGACGAGCCGCCAACGCGAGAGGAGCUGGUAAAGAACCUUCAAAUCAUGGAGAUGAAGAAACGAAACGCCGCUGAACUGGAGGCCACUUACGCCAAAGGAAAGGAUAACAAAGCAAUACCCAAGCAAGUGGAUGGGCCGACCGUUGGAACUUACCCGAAGUACAAGGAGUACGAGUUCAUACCAGGCCGAGAGCCACCCGAAAAGUAAUUGACGCGCAGUACUUUUAUUUUUAAAGAAUUUUAUGUGUAAAUAUAGUUAAAUGAUCCUAA